AGUAUGCAAAAACUCUGACAAAAUUCUUAUUUGCAAUUGUAUAAGAAAAGGAGAAUUUCUUAUAACAAGAGGUUGUGCAUCAUUUAUUUAUGGGGAAAUUUCUGGCAUGUCACAGACAGCUCAGUACUUAGCUUAUAGUCUGUAGUAAUAAUUAUGUGUUGCCUUGAUGUCAUCAUUACUUAGAAACCUUUCAUGGAAUACUACUCAAUUUCAGCUUUUUUCACCUAACAAUCUGAAUUAUUCAUAAUACUCAGUUGCUUCUUGAGAUCAGAAACGGCAGUUUCCGUUUCAAGAGAAGAUUGACUUGUGUACAGCGCUGGGUAUUAAAUCUGAAAGCACUUAUGUGACACUUCUACCUAUGGCAACCAAAGAGAGGAAAUCGAGGAAAGGCAGUAUGAAUAAAAUGAAAGUCAAUGAGAGAAGUAGUAGAUGGAAAGCUGAACUAAGACAAUGUUUGGAACCCUUUCGUCUAAGACAUCCUACAGUCGAAGAUUUCACUUCUUCCUCUUUUUUCAGAAUUCCUUAYGUCCUCUGUGCAAUCCGUGCUAUUGCCGCUGCAUACUUAAUAUCUUGGUGGCUAUUCAACAUGUCUGCAAACGUACAGAAUGGAAAGAUGUUUAUUUACUUUACAAAUAUAUGCUUCACUUUCAUCUCAUUCUACUUUGUAUUUGGCUUCAACUUGUCAUGCAUCUCAAUCAAGCUAAGGCGUGAUGAACUCUAUCGAUUGAACCGUCAGUCAUCUGAGGUAAUCCGUCCCCUAACGCCCCCAGAAAGAUACGAUGAAGGACAAGAAAAUCAACCAAUCAAUAAUCAGGAAGAGAAUGACGUAACUAUCACUGAGACGAUUACAAGCGAAGAUGAAAGAAGUCAAAAUUGUUCUCCCACUAUUGAAUUCAGACAUGAUCUGUUUUUGAAUUUGACCAAAGCUGAAUGUAUCGUGGAAGAAGGGGAUGAAGAAAAUGCUAAUCAGCCGUCGUCGUCAGGUACGAAUGAAUUCAAAAGUGUUUCCCAGACACAAUGGAAUGGUCUUAGCGUAUGUUAUCAAGUCUACUGGCUAUUGUUCUAUAUAUCAUCAAAUACAAGCAUCCUGUUGACUCUUGGAUAUUGGUACAACAUUCUAGAAGACGACUCUUCCUUUUAUAACUCACUCACUAAACACGUGAUCACUAUGGUCUUGAUUGUCAUCGAGUUCUUGUUCUCAAGAAUYCCCGUAUAUUUAAGUCACAUGAUCUAUCCUCUUGUCUUCACCAUCUCAUACAAUGUAUUUGCUUUGUUGUAUUGGGCUGCRGGGGGCACGGAUCCAGAUGGCAGAAACUACAUUUACGAUGUUCUGAACUAUAAUCGUAUUUCCUUCAAGCAAGUCAUCGUCCCAACUUUAACAGUAGCACUCUUACAGCCGCUGAUMCAUGUGGGAUUUCUUGUUGUUGCAUUCGUUCGUAAUGGCAUUGACGAUAAACUUUGCCAGCUGUGUCUUAGAAGAAAGUUCUUUAAGUAAAAUGAACUUAGUGGAUUUCCUUGUCCAUGGAAAAAAGCCAAAUCUUCAGCAGAGAUAAUUGUCCAUGGAAAAAAGUCAAAUCUUCAGCAUAGAGAACUGUCCAUGGAAAAAAGUCAAAUCUUCAGCAUAGAGAACUGUCCAUGGAAAAAGCCAAAUCUUCAGCACACACUAACUGCACUGCGUCAAGUAGCUUCCAUUGUGGGUUUGUACGGGCCAGGGAAAUAUAGAACUAAUUUUCCCGUCCUCGGCCUGUGGAAAGUCAUAGAAUUUAGUCAAGGGACAUUGAGAGUCAAUGCAAAUAUUUCUGAUAUGCAUUUUAUUAGUAUUACCUGUGUUAAAAACAAAUACAUUAUAUUGUAAUAUUCUGUGCGAAAACUUGUACAACCAAGCAUACUGCACAAAAUGGCACUCAGCUUAGAAUAUCUUAGUCGUUUUAAUACCAUGAAAAAGACAGCAUUUUUUCAGAGAACAUAAUCCAUAUGUCAAGGAAUGAUCAGUUUACUCGAAAUGUGUAAUAAAAUUGGCUACAACUCAUCGGUUUGCUAUAUAUACGUAA